CAUCAUGUGCUACGACCGCUACGUUGCCAUCUGCAAACCCCUGCACUACGGGACCCUCCUGGGCAGCAGAGCUUGUGCCCACAUGGCAGCAGCUGCCUGGGCCUCUGGGUUUCUCAAUGCUCUGCUGCACACAGCCAAUACAUUUUCCCUGCCCCUGUGCCAGGGCAAUGCCCUGGGCCAGUUCUUCUGUGAAAUCCCACACAUCCUCAAGCUCUCCUGCUCACACUCAGGUUACUUCAGGGAAACUGGCCUUCUUGUGGUUAGUGUCUGUUUAGUGUUCAGUUGUUUCCUUUUCAUUGUUUUCUCCUAUGUGCAGAUCUUUAUGGCGGUGCUGAGGAUUCCCUCUGAUCAGGGAAGGCACAAAGCCUUUUCCACGUGCCUCCCACACCUGGCUGAGGUCUCCCUGUUUAUCAGCACUGUCAUGUUUGCUUACCUGAAGCCCCCCUCCAUCUCCUCCCCAUCCCUGGAUCUGGCCCUGUCAGUUCUGUACUCGGUGGUCCCUCCAACAUUGAACCCCCUCAUCUACAGCCUGAGGAACCAGGAGCUCAAGGAUGGCGUGAGGAAACUGAUAACUGGUUGUUUUUCAGAAACAAUAAACUCUCCUUGUUUAGCAUUUUAUGUACCUCACUAA